GAAAUAGCCGCCUGCGGAGUCCUCUUGAAACGAGUAUCAGAAACUGGCAAUACUCAUAUUCAUGAAGACACCUUGAACUUAUUGUCAUUACAGAUACGUUUCUUUAAACAUCUUUCAAGAUGGGGUUCGAUAACCUCAUGCUCUAUCUCGAUGAGAGCAUAACAGGUGUUCUCAGCGAUUGGGAUCUUUAUUCAACCUUGAUUGUCACUGUUCUCAUCGGCUUCUUUGCUUACACAGUUAUAACAUCUCGCGAUCCGGAUUCACAUCCUAUGCUCUUAGCCCGUCAAUCACAAGCAUCACCAGUUAGACAAGAAGGCCAGUCUGCCGUUUUCAGAAAUCACGCUUCUCCCCAUGGCAUACCGCUUAACUCAGGACUCAACGUCAAAGACCCCGGUGAUUCGAAAUGGGCCCCAGGCCGCAAUGGUGACCUGAGAGAUAUUUGGCGUAAAGCAGUCACUGGAGCUGUCGAUAGGGAAGGGAAAGCGACUGGAGAUAUUGGUAGCCUCAUGUCAAUAUAUGGUUCCGAUAAACUAGUCACUCACAAGCUUGCCGAUGUUACUCGUCAGAUCAAUUUGAUUGGUCAACACAUUAAGCAGAAUGGCGGAACUAACGUUGCCAUAUAUUUACCAAACUCUAUCGAGUAUGUCGUAACGCUGUUCGCUUGUGCCUUCUACGAUCUCAGUGCAAUACUUCUACCAUAUGACGAAUCUCCCGAAAGCUUAAUAGAAUUGAUACAAAAGUCCAAAGCGGAUACGGUUAUUGCUGCUGUUGGUUCUUUCCCAUUUGAUACAGUGACGAAGUCAUACCCCGCUUUGCAGCAAAUGAUAUGGGUGGUGGAUGAUGGCAGCAAGCAUAUGGACUGGAAUGAGGUUCCAACGGGUACAGGCGGAGCUGUGAAUGUUUCUACCUGGCAAGAGAUUCUUCAAGAUCAGGACGCUCAAGCAGGUUCCGAACUACCUGUUAGUGACAAGAAUGUCGAGGAGCCUAAGAAAGUCGUUGCAUUCUGGCCUAACGGAGAACUCGUGGAAUACACUCAAUCAGUGCUGGUGGCCGGUGUUUCCGGUCAACUUUCCUCCAUACCCGCCGUUCAGCGUAUCACAUCUAAAGAUCUUUUCCUCUCUGCGGAACCACUUUCAAAGAUGUAUCCUUUGAUCUUAACUCUCUCGGCACUUUACUCAAAUUCUUCCGUUGCAUUAACAUCCGUUGCCAUCAAAGACCCUGAUCUCGUUCUAGCAACGAAGGGUACAUCCCCAACAAUUGUUGUUGCUUCUUCCACCACUCUCGCAAAACUUCAUGCAGAAACUAAGGACAACUUAACUUCACCACUCUAUCAAGUCGUCCACUGGUUUCAGACCCGAUCUUUGGUACAGAAUGGUGUUAUGCCUCUUGCCACCGUCUUUUCCCGCAUGUACGAUCAUCUUCGCCCAAUUAUUGGCACAUCGCCUGGCAAACUUCGUUUGAUUUACGUUUCUGAACCUGUUAACGCACCGUCAACACCUUUGAGCGCUGAAAUACUCUCAGAUCUGCGAAUUUACACAGGCUCAAGAAUUGUCUAUGCUCUUACAGCAUCAAAGGUAGCAGGUGCUGUAUCUCAAACUGGCAUAUAUGAUUACAGAGUAGAUGAUGGAUCGGACAAAUACUCGCACUUUGGAGCGCCUCCUCCAUCCGUCGAGAUCUUUUUGAAGGAUACUAAGGAGUAUCAAACUUCUGACACAUUUUCCGUUGGACAAAUCAUAGUAAGAGGCCCUGCCGUUGUAGGAGGAGAAGCAGACUUGGGUAUCGCAGGAAAGAUAAAACCAGACCACACACUUGCUCUGAUUUCAUGAUAGGAUGGUCAUGUUUUUGUGCAUAUUCAUGGAGCCGUUCAUAUCAUGUCAUGUCAAAUAAAUCUAUAUCCAUAAUAAAGCUCGGAGCUAUCCGAAAUGAUCACAAUGCCAUUUUACUGUUGUUGUAAUCACACCCCCAUGCUCAAAAUCAGUUGUCUGUUGCACGUCUAAGAACUUAGCUUUUGUAUUAGCUCUCAGAAUGAAUAUUUUGUUGCGGACCUGGAAAUUUGGCUUUUCUAUUAGCUCUGCAGACAUGGUAACAAUAUCAAUACUGGCGCCAAUAAUAUCCACUCAUCGAGAUCACACUAUUGUAUUGUUGCACACCUCAAAACUUAGCUUUUCCAUUAGUUGUUAGUCCUGCAGGAAUCACAAGUAAAAUAUCCACAUUCGAGAUGUUUUUGUUGCACGCCUGGAAACUUAGUUGCAGUGGUUAAUUUAUUACCAGUCGUUUGUUGCAUGUCAGGAAUUUUAGUAUGAUCAUAUCUAA